AUGAGGAACGACGACAUCAACUCGACAGCUCCAAGCAUAGAAGAGCUGCAUUCAGAUACCAUGCUAGCAAGCAAGAUCGCAAAAGCAGCCUCCUCAGCAACGAGCAAUGGGUCCGGUGUUCGCCUCGUGUACUCCACAAGCACGAGCUGGCCCUUCUCGUCUUCCUCCAGCAGCAACAGCAACGGUAGCAGCUCUGUGGUAGACAAUACAGUCGAUAUCGCAGUCCUCGACUCAUCCUUCAAUCCUCCGUCCCGGGCUCACCUCGCACUACUGCUCAGCGAACCCAUUCUCGCACAACGAAAGCAAGCUUACGAUGGGCACCUCCUGCUCUUCUCGACUCAGAACGCCGACAAGGGCGCGGGCAAGCCGGGAGAUGCAUCCCUCUCGCAGCGCGUAGAGAUGAUGACACUCAUGGCGAAAGACGUCGAGCGCAUACAGACCGCCUCCGGUCACGCUGCAAACGUUGCAGUAGGCCUCGUGGACAAGCCACUCAUCUUUGCCAAGUCGACGCUCACCUGGGACUUGUUCAAGCAGCAGCAAUCCCCUGCAAAGCCAAGGCUGCACUGGGUCGUAGGGUUUGACACGCUCUACCGCGUCUUCCAGCUCAAAUACUACCCUUCGCUGGAAGAGUUUCAGCAGCAAUGUUUGCAGUUCUUCGAGCGGGAAGGUACGACGUUCGUUUGUGCUCGGCGCGACCCUUCGUCCUACCCGCAGCUCAUCAGCGGCGAAUCAUCGGAGCAGGACGCAGAGCAACAAGCAAGGCGAGAGGAGGACAAGCUGCUCGCCUCCGAAAACGUCGCUCCUUGGGUCGAACGAGGGUCCGUUGGGAUGCUCGAUAUCGAUCCGGACCAGGCCAAGCUCAGCUCGACCAAGAUCAGAUCUCUGCUCAAGGACGACAGUGUGGAUGAUAAGCAGAAGAAGGAGAGGCUCGAGGGCCUGGUACCACCAUCGCUGGUCGAGUAUCUGGUCGAGUCGAAGAUCUAUAGAGAUGGUGCGGAAGGCUGA